AUGUCUACGGUGACCCGCACCUACCUCGACCAGAGGCUCGCCGCCGCCAACCGCUGCUCUAGAGAGGCUACCAUGGCUGGAGCCAAGGCCGCGGCCGUCGCCACCAUCGCUGCCGCAGUCCCCACGCUGGCGAGCGUGAGGAUGCUGCCGUGGGCAAAGGCACACCUGAACCCAACCGGGCAAGCCCUCAUCAUCUCCACGGUCGCCGGGAUGGCCUACUUCAUCGUUGCCGACAAGACCAUCGUCUCCCUGGCCAGGAAGCAUUCGUACGAGACGGCGCCGCCGCACCACAAGAACACCUCCUUUCAUUAG